GUCCCUCCUCCGCGCGGCCUAAGCGCCCGGCGCGACCCCGGCCAUGGGGUGCUGCUACAGCAGCGAAAAGGAGGAUUCGGACCAGGACCGAGAGGAGCGGAAGCUGCUAUUGGACCCUAGUAGCCCCCCAACCAAAGCCCUCAAUGGAGCUGAGCCCAACUACCACAGCCUGCCUUUUGCUCGCACAGAUGAGCAGGCCCUGCUCUCUUCCAUCCUCGCAAAAACAGCUAGCAACAUCAUCGAUGUGUCUGCUGCAGACUCCCAGGGCAUGGAGCAGCAUGACUACAUGGACCGGGCAAGGCAGUACAGCACACGCUUGGCUGUGCUGAGCAGCAGCCUGACCCAUUGGAAGAAGCUGCCACCGCUGCCGUCUCUUACCAGCCAGCCCCACCAAGUGCUGGGCAGCGAGCCUAUCCCCUUCUCUGACUUGCAGCAGGUCUCCAGGAUAGCUGCUUAUGCCUACAGUGCACUUUCUCAGAUCCGUGUGGACGCAAAAGAGGAGCUGGUUGUACAGUUUGGGAUCCCAUGAAGAGAGGGGUCUUUGGACAGCUCUUCUCCUCUCUUCACCUGUCUCCAUCCCACCUCCCACGGCC